AUGGGGAGCGGGGCCAGCGCCGAGGACAAGGAGAUGGCCAAGAGGUCCAAGGAGCUGGAGAAGAAGCUCCAGGAGGACGCGGAUAAGGAGGCCAAGACGGUCAAGUUGCUCUUGCUCGGGGACAAGGACAAUGAUGAGGACAGGAAUGAUGAUGGGGACAGGGACCAUGAUGGGGACGUUGAUGAGGUCAGGAAUGAUGAUGAGGACAGGGAUGAUGAUGGGGACAGGGACCAUGAUGGGAACGUUGAUGAGGUCAGGAAUGAUGAUGGGGACAGGGAUGAUGACAGGGACAGGGAUGGGGACAGGAACGAUGAUGAGGACAGGAACGAUGAUGGGGACAGGGACAAUGAUGAAGACAGGAACGAUGAUGAGGACAGGAAUGAUGAUGAAGACAGGAACGAUGAUGGGGACAAGGACAAUGAUGAGGACAGGAACGAUGAUGGGGACAGGGAUGAUGAUGGGGACAAGGACAAUGACAAGGACAGGGAGCCCCCAGCCAUCAUCUACGGCAACAUCCUCCAGUCCAUCCUGGCCAUCAUCCGCGCCAUGUCCACCCUGGGCAUCGACUACGCCGAGUCCUCCCGCGCGGACGAUGGGCGGCAGCUCUUCAACCUGGCGGACUCCAUCGAGGAGGGCACCAUGCCCCCCGAGCUGGUGGACUGCAUCAAGAAGCUGUGGAAGGACGGGGGGGUGCAGGCUUGUUUCGACCGAGCCGCCGAGUAUCAGCUCAACGACUCGGCCGCGUAUUACCUGAACCAGCUGGACAGGAUCACGGCCCCCGGGUACCUCCCCAACGAGCAGGACGUGCUGCGAUCCCGAGUGAAGACCACGGGCAUCAUCGAGACCAAGUUCUCUGUCAAAGACCUGAAUUUCAGGAUGUUUGACGUGGGUGGGCAGAGAUCGGAGCGCAAGAAGUGGAUCCACUGCUUCGAGGGGGUGACCUGCAUCAUCUUCUGCGGGGCGCUGAGCGCCUACGACAUGGUGCUGGUGGAGGACGAUGAAGUGAACCGCAUGCACGAGUCCCUGCACCUCUUCAACAGUAUAUGCAACCACAAGUUCUUCGCCGCCACCUCCAUCAUCCUCUUCCUCAACAAGAAGGACCUCUUCGAGGAGAAGAUCAAGAAGGUCCACCUCAGCAUCUGCUUCCCAGAUUACGACGGUCCCAACACGUUCGAGGACGCGGGGAACUACAUCAAGACCCAGUUCCUGGACCUCAACAUGCGGAAGGACGUGAAGGAGAUCUACAGCCACAUGACCUGUGCCACAGACACCCAGAACGUCAAGUUCGUCUUCGACGCCGUCACGGAUGUCAUCAUCAAGGAGAACCUCAAGGACUGCGGCCUCUUCUGA